GGAAGCUAUCUUUCACAUCACAGCAGCUGACGCCUUUGUUGUUUCUGUAUUACGCUGCUAAACUAUUUUAUAAUUAGAUUAACUGAAUCCUCAGCCUCUAUGAAAUGACAUGAAAAUAGAGCUGAAGGAAACUAAUUAAAUAACAAAUGGCAGCCUUCUACCAUUCCUCGUGAUGCAUCUAAUUGUAAAGGAAUUAAUUGGAACGGUUUUGAAGGGGUUGCUAGGAUGUGCUAGUAAGGGGGACCAGCUUGAUGUCAAUGGGUCAGUGCUUAUCUCCGUGUUGUGAGAAGCAGGGGCUGAACAGUCCAGUGAGCAGUAUAGGUGACACUGGCCAUCCCAAUCACUCACGCACUCAGUACCUAGCUGGCAUACCAGUGAGUGACAGCAAAGAGAACUGCGCUGAACCCAAUCCUCCAGUCACUACACCCAACUCAGAGUGGAAAAUGUUUACACCCUAUCCCAAACUACCUCCUAUAAAAAAGCAGGGUGUUGGUGUUGAGACCAAGCGAUUGUCACUCAUGUCUAAUCAGGUCUUUGAGAAUAAAAUCUUGUCACUUUUUGACAACUAUAAAGAUAAAAAUGAAGAUUGCAUUCUAGCGGAUGGUAUUGAAAGGCUAUGUAUGGACCUUGAAGUCAAACCAGAAGAGUUUAUUGUUCUUGUGCUUGCUUGGAAAUUUGGGGCUGAAACUAUGUGUGAGUUUAAACGUUCAGAGUUUGUUCAAGGUUGUAAAGCCUUGAAAGUCGAUUCACUUAGGGGCAUUCAAAGCAAAUUUCCAGAACUUCUUGUAGAAGUGCGUGAUAAGCAAGCAUUUAAGGAUCUUUAUCGUUGGACCUACAAAUUCGGAUUAGAUAGUGCCUCAGGUCAGAGAACGUUGCCCACAGAUAUGGCAAUUAGUCUGUGGAAGCUUGUGUUUUCUCAAAAUGAGCCUCUGGUCCUCCAGCGGUGGUUAGAGUUCUUGGAGAAGCACACCAGUAUCAGGGGUAUUCCAAAAGACACAUGGGACAUGUUUCUUAAUUUCACAGAACAGGUCGGGGAGGACUUAAGCAGCUAUGAUGAUACAGAAGCCUGGCCCAGCCUAUUGGAUGACUUUGUAGAAUUUGAAAAUGAUAGGCACAACCAGAAUGUGACUGCAGAUUGAAACGUUUAGACUACAUAUUGUAUUUCCAGACAACAUUAACAGUUUUUGCUAACAUCCUAUUUUCUAAAUAAUAUUUCUGACAGAUUAUUGAAAAUUUUGAAAAAAAAAAAAAAAUGAAAACAACAUUUAAAUUACUUGACACUGAUAUCAGCAAAUUCACAAAUUGAAACCUUGAUCAUUAUAAUUAAUUUAGAGAUACAUAUUUUUUUUUCUUUCUUUCUGGUAAUUUAAAUAUUUAUUCUUGUUAAUUACUUUUAUUGCAUUUAAAAACCAACAAGGUUCUGUUUUACUUAAUAACAGAUUGAAGUCAAGUUUUUUGUUUUUUUUUUUACUUAUAUUGUACAUCACAGGACAAGUGAUGGAGGUUUUUCUGCUUGCUUAUAAAUAUUUGAGGGGAAACAUUCUUUCUUUUAGUCACACUGACAUAUCUUUUUAAAAAAAAAAAAAAGUUGACAAGUUUUUAUGUAAUUGUUGUGUAUUUGUUAUUGUGUUGUUGUAACCCAAAUCCUCUUAGAUGUAAUAAAUUUAACUUGAUAGUUCUUUGGUGAUGUAUUAUGUCAAGUUUCAAGUGAGACAUUUGGUUGAACAAAGUAUACAAAUUGUGACCCCCAGCAACAGUCAGUAUCUUAAACAUUUCACUUCCAACUCGUCAGUGUGAUUUUGUUUCACUAACUUCUAGUUACUUAUGUUUUAAAGUUUCUUUGUGAAUAACAUAAGCGACAAUAUAUAGUUUUUAUAUAUAUUUUACUUCAGAUGUUUUCUUCGCAAAACCUCCUUUUUUUUUAAAAAAAAAAUUUGGUAUUUGACAUAUCAGAAACAUUAAAUGGUUAAUUUAUAACUAGGUUUUUAACUUAUACCUUUAUCAUAAUGUUUUUCACUUUUUUUUUUUUUUUUUUUUUUUUUUUUUUUUUUAAAGCUUUUAAAUUGAAAUAUAUUUUACUCUGUGAUGGUAUGCAUAUUAUUGCAUAAAAAGGUUCUUGUAGAUUUUAUUUUUGAGUGUAAUGUAUAACAAGUUUAAAGGCAUAGUUACAAUUAAACUCUAUUUGUACAUCUAUGUUAGUCUAAUAAGCUUCUGACUUAAUACUUAAAGAUGAAUUACCUCUAGUAAAGUUCUUGUCUUGAUAUUAUAUAUUGAAACCCCCCACCCCCACCCCCGGAAGCACUUGCUGAACCUGUAUUACAUUAUGUUGAUUUAACCCAAAGCUCAACUAAUCAUUACAAUCUAUCUCAUUAAAAUUAAGGAUCAGUUCCAGCUGAUGAAAAUUUUAAAAUGAAAAACCUACAGUACAUGGUUGGGAUAAAUGCAUCAAUCAAUGACAACAAGAUUUUUUUGAUUGAGAUUAAUUUUCUUUUUUUUUUUUCCCCACACUGGUCAAACAUUACUAGUGUUCGUAAAAAUUACACACUAGUCCUUGCUGAUACCACGAAUCUCAAUUAUAACACACAGACUUUCAGAUGAUUUAAUAUCUAGCAUUUAAACUAGUUUCAGACAUCUCCACAUCACAGGGCCUUUGAAAUUAUUUUUCUCCAUGCAUGCAAUAAUAAAUUAGAUGUUUGUAAGUGUUAUAUAUGGUAUGGGAUAUACAUGUUUGAAAUGUUACAUGUAUGGAAUGUAUACAUGUUUUAUAUGUUAUAUAUUGUAUGGGAUAUACAUGUUUAAAAUUUUAUAUAUAUAUAUAUAUAUAUAUAUAGUAUGGGAUAUACUACUUGUUUGAAAUGUUUUAUUGUGUGGGAUAUGGAUGUUUUUAAGUGUUAAACUGAGCUGUUCUAAAUUAGAGACAUAUUAGAGGCUGUACUUUUUGGUUUAAAGAAUGUGAUGGCAAAUUAUGUGUUUAAUUGUAUUAAACUUAAAUCUUAAUUUUCUAUGCACUUUUGAGUGCUAUGACAUGAAUGUAGGUUAUCUGCACUAAGUAUAAUCAAUAAGACAAUAAAUGAAAUGAUUCUACUUAACUUUUAAAAAAAACAUCAAAAGCUGAUUUUAAAAAUCUACUCGACAUCAGCUUGUGCUGUAUCACAGCUAAAUUAACUUUUCCAGUGGGGAAACUUUCUUGAGUCAAAAUGUUAAUGAUAAUUUAGAUUUUCAAAACUUCAAACUUCACAACAAACACAAAAGAUGUCUAGUUGGCAUUCAUAACACAUUCUCUCUUUGAUUUUGCUUCAUUCUCUUCCUUUUGUCAAGGUCCCUUCAUUUCUUUAUAUUGCUUUCAAUUACUUUCUUUAUUUCUAAAUUAUUUUUUUUUACUUAAACUUAAGCUAUCGAAGGAAAAUGUAUUUAAAAAUAAAAAAACUAUUAUUAACUCUUUUGUCAAGGUCCCUUCAUUUCUUUAUACAUGUAUUGCUUUCAAUUACUUUCUUUAUUUCUAAUUUUUAAAAAAAAUUUAAACUGGAGCUAUCAAAGGAAAAUGUAUUUAGAAAAUAAAAAACUAUGAUUAACUUGAUUUCAGAACAUUUCCAUUAUGUGAGAUAAAAAUUUUCUAAAUACUGUGCUGUGUGAAUUACCGGUAUAUUUAUUGGUACUGUAAAAUUCAUGGAAAGUUGAAGCUGUAUAAUAGAAAAUAAUUAUAAAAGGCUGUAUGAAAGGAGACUAGUUAUCUUGUGCAAAUACAAACCUAUGACAAAGUAUUUGUUUAUAAACACUUUCAAUUUGUUUAUAAUAUUGUGUGUAUGAUAGUCAAAAAAAAAAAAAUGAUUCAGAUAUUUUUUUUUAUGUUACUCAUUAAUUUAUAUUUCUUUGUUGGUUGUGAUUUUGGCCAAAUUCGUCUAUUUCAAAUCUCAGAAAGUUUCAAUCAAAAUCAAUAGACAGAAUUUUGAUGAUAGUUUUGUUAUCAUUUGGUAAUAAUAAUAAUAGCUCUGGUGAUAGUUUGUCAAUCUACUUUCCUUAGUGUACCAAUUAGAAUUUGAUUUUUUUUUUUUUUUUUGUUAAGUAAAACUUUGUUUUGUAUGAUGUUUUAUGUGAACUUUUGCACUCCCCACUUAACAAGUUUUGUAACAGUAUUUGGCAGUGCUACAUUUAUGUUUUGGUGUCAGAAGUUUUGUUUCCUGCAAUAUGGUCUGGCUGGAGUAAGAUACUCUCAACAACAACAUUGUCAAAAAUAUCAACCCCAUUGUCACUCUUACUCGUACUUAAAGAAUAUGUGUUGUAGUUUGACUCUGUCUCAAAUGCUUGAAAUACAUUUUCCAAGUGGUGCUCAUGUUUUUUUUCAUAUUGUAGUUGUUCAUUUUAUAUCAUAACUUUAAAUUUUGACAACUUAGUAUUAGAAAUUAGGUAAUAUAAAAUUAAAAUUUAUGGUCUACUGUGGAAAAUUUUAUAAAAUUGUCAACUGCUAAUAUUCCAAUGAUUAGUGAAAUUCUAGAUCUAUAUUCCUACAGAGUGCACAUGUCAAAGCAAAAAUAUUUAUUCCUUAGUUAUGUUUAUAUUUUUUGUUUUGUAUUGUAUGAAGUACCGCUGUAUGUCACCUAUGAAAUUAUUUGCUGGCCUGUGUGCCUUAACUAUUGCGCUGUAUAUUUUAUCCAGAUGCCAGACUUGUGGAGAGAUUGCUAUUAUUUAUCCAGCAUGUUCCUUCUCUCUAUACUUGCUCAGAGACAUGCCUAGAGAAAAAAAUUCCAUUUUAGUCCAACUUUGUUCUUGACCAUCAAGCACUUGAAGGAUCUGCGAUAAGGGACAAAAUCCAUUAUGUAUUAUAUAAGUGGUGUCAACUACAUGCAUCACUGUUGUGCAAUAUCUUUAUUAACCUGACAAAAGACUUUUCUGAUAUCAUUUGUUGUGCUUAAAUGUAGUCAUUAUAGUUCAUGUAUUUUCUUGUGUAAACAUUGAAAGCUUCUUGGUCACUCCCAAAAAUCCAGCUUUUGUUCUAUGUAUGUAUUGUUAUCAUUUCAUUUUUUUCUGUCUUUUUCUUUUCAAGUCAUUGGUCUGUAAACAAAAUGAACACAACUAAUAUACAAAUGUGAAAAAAAAAACUACUCUUGUGUUUUUAUUUAUUUUUUAAAUAUUCAUUUUAUUUGUUUAUUUCCUUACAAAAAAACAAAAUGACAAAACAGUUUCAAUGUAAUGAACAAAAGAUUUCAAAAUGAAAUGAAUGAUAGGAAAAACAAAAGGCAAUGUAUACCAUUAAUUAAUUCAGACAAUACAAAAACAGUUGCUAGGCUAAUACAAUACUACCAGUUAAGAGUUUGUGGUGUUAAAUACCUUUACAAUCACUUUAAUGAAAUAAUUUAAAAAUCAGCAUUAGUAUGUUGGGAUAUUAACCAUUUUUUAAAUAGAAUAAGUAAAAAUAUAUGAUGUAUACAUAGUGUAAAAUAUCAAAGGACAUCAGCUACACAGUAAGUACUGGUGUUGUACUUUAUUUACAAUUCAAUUCUUUGCCACUAUUAUUCGUUUAUGCUACAAAGACACUAAACUACCUACAGGUACCGGUAAUAAAAAAAGUAGAUGAGAAACCUUUCACAGUAUUCAGAUUUUCAGAAAACAACUAACACACUUAGAACCAUUUGUAGGACAUGAACCCAUGACUAGCCAAUGUAAGUGAACUUGUUGCUAAAGUGAUGUAAGUGGGUGGCCUAAAAAAAAUGUUCUAAGUUCAAGUCUGAGUUAACUAUUGUGCUCUCUUGCAGUAAUGCGUGAAUUCAUUCAAUAAAAAUAAACAACUCAUUUUCAGUUCAACUGUCACACCAUCAAGUUCACAAAUUCAUUUGCAUUUCAAUGUUAGCUGUGAAUCUCCUGCUAACAUUUGAACCAUACUAUGUGAUGGAAACAUUCCACAAAAGUUGGUCAAAGAAAGGUAGGCAUAGCUUACACAAAUGUUUUCAAAACAGUCCAAGAUAGCAUUUAGUGUUGGGAAUGAUCAUUGUCUUGUGGCUCGUCCCAA